AUGCGGCAGGCCGUAGCGAUACUACUCACAGCCGCGUGCGCCGCUGUCUCCGCUCAAAUUGCUUGGACACCUAUUUUUCUUGACGGAAGUAGUCAAGUAGAUCUAUGGACGCAGUCAUCAUCAGGUUGCGCAUGCCCAGGAGGCGAUGGAGAAGAUUGCGCGUGUUGCGUCCGUGAUGGUGCAUGCCCGUGCGGCGACAUAGCGCCUGGCCGGUGCGCUCAAUGCGGACUAGAGCAAUUUUGUUCUAAUAUGUGUAACAUUACAAUUGAUUCACGGAUACUCAAGAUAAAAUCUGGCAAGACUUUUGGUCAAAUAAAGUCUCCAUCAAUUGAGGGCCCCGGCGCGUGUUCCUACAUCCUGCAGCCUGACGCCGGGCAGAGAGUGGAGAUUCAAGUAUAUCGCUUGGUGUCUGUUGGCAGAUUUAAUGGCUCAAGCUGUGUCGGCGGGUGGCUGCAGCUGAGCGACGAAGGCGCUGUGCCGGGCGCGGCCCGAUCACCGCAGACCAGACUGUGUGGGGCCAACGAGCGAUACACACCACCAGUUGUGUUAUUUGCUGAUCAUGGAGCAUCAGUACUUGAUUUUAGGAUAACAGAGAAGACAGUACGCUCGCAGUUUCUCGCUUUCUUCAGUUUCACUUCUUUGAGCAACACGCAGGGCGUGGGGUUUCAUCCGCGAGGGGGAUCGAGGAUUCCACAGACAGACUGCGACUGGUUAUACCAAGAUGUUUCCUGUCGAGGCGUUGGCUCUUGCGUGCUUGCGAGUCCGGGUUACCCGGGACUGUACCCGCCGCACCGACGCUGUCGAUAUCUCUUCGCCACCAACUCAGUGCACACGCGCGUCAAGAUCGUGUUUACUUCAAUACUUCUACCUCGAAACCAUUGUGCCACGGACUAUUUAACUUUGCGGGCUGGCAGCUCGCCCUCUGCCCCACUGUUGGCUUCGCUCUGUUCCGAGAGGAGCGCGGUUCUCGAACAUCCCGGUCCUAACCUAUUGUUGGAAUUCAACUCUGGUCCUUUGGUGCCUCCGUACGAUUACAACGGCUUUAUAGCGAAAUUAGAAUUUUUGGAGAAAAUAGAAACAAGUGGACCUCCACCCACGAUCUCGGCCGCCUCUCCGCCGCUCGCCGCACUCACACAUCUCACAAAUGGUGAGAACUCAGCAUUAGAAGAUACGGUUUCAAAUGAAAUAUCUUCUAACAAUGGAGGGCACGUUGGUUGCGGUGCUACGGUGCGAGGAUUCGGACCGGGAGGGAUUCGCUCCGGUCAUUUCGAUACAAGAGCAUCGGCAUGGCGUGCCCAGUGUGUUAUACAUUUGUUGGGCACACCUACUGAUGUGGUUCAAGUUUCACUAUUCAAUUAUAAUUUAAGGUUACAAAGUUGUAGAUCUCAUAUUGAGAUCUUAGAGGGACUUCAUGAGUUCGGUGGCAGAGGAGAUAGAGGAGAUAGGUUUGAAAGAGGAGAUAGAGCCAUGUUGCGCAUAUGUGGUCCAUCUGUAAGAGAAGCAAGAGAUCCUUCUGGGAGAUUUCUGGUUCGACAAGCUGUUACUUCUAAGGGUUCAAAUUUGACAAUUCUUGUCAGAAGGGCGACGUCUCAGAGUGUUGACGAAGAAGAAUUUGUGGACGGAGCAUUUGCAUUUCAUGACGAACAACACGAAGGGACCAUAUCACCAGAUGCAACUUGCGCAUCGACGCACUAUGGAUUAACCUCGCCCACACACGGUGGAGUGUCGGCUCCAUCACAUCACCACAUAUUCUGGAACAUUGAAGAACAGCUUAUGUGUACACAUCGCUUCAUACCUGCUUCCAACCAGAGUGUAACGAUUGAGAUACAAAGGUUAGAGCGUAUGUGGAGCGCGGAGCCGACCGGUAGCGUAGCAACGGGUAAUGGCGGCUGUCGCACAGCGUGCGGGGAUGCUGGCUGCGAGUGUCGCGCGGCCACGCCUCUCCACUACCACGACCACAUCGCACUGGUAGCAGGGGACGGCACGCAUUUGUCCUGUCUAUGUGGAGACUUUCAGGCGGACUGGCUGCCGAUCGUAGUCCGGAGUUGGACGAGUCUGCGGUUGGAGUAUUCGGUGGCUCACUACACGUACGCUAGUCGAGGAUUCGAUUAUGCAGCCGCGUAUAGCUUUAACGACGACGCCAUGUGCGGCCAACGGACGUAUACAACACACUCUGGAGAGAUAACGUCGAAAAAUGUGUCUGUCACUGGCAGUUUAAACGAGUUUUUCUACCAACAAUGCACCUGGGUUCUGGACUCGAAUGUUGAACGUCAGUUGUACAUCGAUAUAUCUUCCGAGCAGGAUAAGUCAUGUAGCUCGUGGAAUAUUACCCUGCACGAGUGGUCGGGGCCACGCGCCCAUGGCGACGGACUAGCCGCUUCCGCUGGGGAUCUGCUCUACACGUUCUGCGCCAGGGAUAAGAACCACACGUACAUUUUACCAUGGCGACUUAAUACAGUAGUGAUAAGGUUAGUAGCACUGUCACGGCAGCAACCUCUAUACACAGUUCGGUGGCGCUCGCAAGUGGUUAGAGUUAACAGACUCGGACCACCCACUCCAGCACCUGCAGCGGCGGCCAUCGCAUCCGAUCUUAACUACAACCUGCUCCUCAUUCUCCUUACCCUAUGUUUAAAGUACGUUCAACUGUUACACACACACGAGUAA